UCCCCUCUCAUUUGUAGGAAUGUUCUGUUAAAACUAAGUGGGUGUGUUCACACAGGGAAUGGCAGACAGACAGAUAGUAGGGUUUGUGGCCUCAAGCGAAACAGGCAGGUUACUUUAAGUUAAAUGAAGUGAAAGAAAACUAUAGAGGAAGAAGAAUGUUGCGUAACAUCCAGAAAAAUUACUAAAGAGGAACUUUGCACAACUGCUGUAAGUUCAUCGGGGAAUGAAAGGAAUUGAUGGAAAUGAAGGCUUUGGCAGCUGUUUGAAAGCAUCAGCGGUAGAUAGACAGCACUAACUGAAGAGAGGGUGAGGCACACAAAAAAAGAGAACUUGAACAGUAAACAAGAAAGAGGGGAGGCUACUUUUGUGAGUGCUGAUCUAACUGAAGGCUUCCUGUGUCAGCACCAUGGGAAAGUCAGCCUCGAAGCAGUUUGCACAAGAGGUGCUGCAGUGCCACAAUGAGUUCAGAGGGAAGCACCAGGCUCCUCCACUGAAGCUGAGCAGCAAGCUGAGCAAAGAUGCAACCCGUUAUGCUGAGAGUCUGGCCAGCACACGGAUCCUAAAACAUAGUGUGGAAUCCAGCAGGGGGAGCUGUGGAGAGAACCUGGCAUGGGCCUCCUAUGACCAGUCCGGGAAGGAUGUGACAGACCGCUGGUAUGAUGAAGUGAAACAAUACAACUUCAACCGUCCUGGAUUCUCCUCGGGCACGGGCCACUUCACAGCGAUGGUGUGGAAAAACAGCACAAAGCUGGGUGUGGGUAAGGCCACAGCAUCAGACGGUUCUUCCUUUGUGGUGGCCAGAUACUUCCCGGCUGGGAACAUCACUAACCAGGGACACUUUGAGAAUAAUGUCCUCCCUGCUCAAACCAAUCCCUAAAGAUGUCUGAAUCCCAUCAACUUGACUCGAGCUCCAAGGCAUUUAUUCCAUUUUGAAGUUAUCUGCUCUCACUGAUAAGCAGGAACACCACUUCUUGCGCUGUAGAAGAGCUAUCUUAUAUGGAUUUUAUAAGAUGAGAUGCACUCAGGCUCAAAGUCCUUUGCUUGUAUUUUGAAAAUGGAUCCGGGUAUGUGAAGGUGUUUACAAUGAAAGAAGAAAUGCUGUUUGACAUUGCAAACAAAACCUUUCCAGAUUCCAUAACCAUGACUUUGAUGGUCAUUUAAUUUGCAGAUGGCAGUAUUUUAUUAAUUAAUACCAAUAAAUUCCUCUUUCACACACUGAAAGUUAUAUCUGUGAAUCACAUCUGUAUUUGUGGAAGAAUGGAAUCACCACAUUUACAUGUGAAGUCAUUCCUUUUGAUUGGAAUCAGGGUUAGACUGCAGUGUUCAGUCAAACAACACUGCAGUCAGUGACUUUUGUGCUCUAUAACUUGUUCUGUACUAACAGACAUUUAUUUGGGAUCUGUUAAGCAAGAGCGAGAAAAAGUAGAAAAUUGGAGUUGUAUUCAUAAUGAAUUCUUUUUUAAAUCUCAGUCUGUCACAGCAGUAAAGUGUAACUAUGACUAAUAAAUGAACAUUUUGGACAAUAUAAGUUCUUGUAAAUAUAAACACUGACUAAGGAUGAGCUAAAAUAGAUUUUUUUUCAUUGUUGUAUUAAAGGUUGAAAUAUCUUUGAGACUAUCGUACAAUUUCUGGUUUAGAAACUGUUGUUGUUGUAAUGUCCAAAAUGUCUUCUUUAAUAUCUAAAUAGUGCCUAUUCAAAACUUUAAAACAUGUCAUCUUCAUGAGGCAAUGCAACAUACUUUUUAAAAACCCAUUACCAAAAACCAUGAUUUUCGUUCAUUAUGAUUCCAGUCAUUUGUCCUGGCCUUUGUCACACAUGAACAGCAGGUGUUACAUGACAAUUAAGUCAUUUUUCAACUACAUGAAUAACAUUUUCUGUACUCUUUUUACUUUAUGGUAGAAAUUACGAAGAAGCAAGUAUAAGGUUCCAAUUUUGUGUUGAAAGUUGGGUUUGUUUACAUUUGGAUCACAAAUGUCAUCAAGUAAGAAGUCUAAAACACUUUUUUUCUAACUUUUACUUUUGAAAACAAUAUAAUAAAAACAUUUCAAAGA